AUGGUUCGAAAACAGAUUGAGUUCCCGGUUCCAGCUGAUCCACGGUCUGAUAUUUUGGACUAUAUGGUCAGAGACACGAUUGACGGAGUGGACUUGGCUAUUUCGGCUUCCCUUCCAUACGAAUACCCUGUGUCCAUGCAUAUUCCCGCUCUAAAAUGGGAAAUAUUUUGUCCAGACUGUGACACCUCGAUGGUGAAGGUAUCAAGUGUCACCACAUCGUCAAUCUUUCUACAGCCCUACCGAUACUUUAUAGUUUCGGUCGUAGCUGAAAUUCCUCGGUUCCCGCGAAACAUCGUAGCCAGCUGCCCCGAUGGACGAUCUCCUCUAGAUGUUCUUGUCCAGGAAACCCUUGCCGCGAAGAAAAUGAAGGUGUAUGUUAGGGCAUCCAAGUUUCAAAAUGAGGACCUUCCUGGAUGGGUGGUGUAUGCCAUGUCGAAAGUGUUUGUCCCUGUUGCAUUCGCCGCUCCCCAGCUCUCAGUGGAGGUACCCCUUACUGAGUUUAAAAUAAGAAACACCAUCAUUACGAUUCCCUCAGUUGAUGGCUAUCAACCGUUUCUCGAUUCGAAUGUUACGUUUCUGGUGGGAAUUCCCAAAGAAAGCCACUGCGUGGUGGAGCUAUUGGGAUUACGAGGGAGGUUUGAGGUUGAACAUCAGGGUGAAACUCUCGGUGGGGUGUAUAUCGAGUCCAUGCAACCGGUUAAAAGCUCGAUGGACAGGGAUCUCACCAUCAGUGUUUUUGAGAAAGACGGGAGAUGUUUUACCGGGAACGACGUUGCCAUCGCCAAUAUUCUCCAGCGGUUCUUGGACGGAAAGAGCAGCCGCGUUUCAAUCAUUUCCACCGGAGACGUGAAGUUAAGCCUGGCACUUCUUGAAUCAACAAUCAGGGGUAUUUCUGGUACUGCUAUGGCCACGCUCCUGGGGUGGAAUACAACUUUCCCAGCCCUUAGACCGGAACCUAUGAUCCAGAACAUAACUUUCUUACAAUCGUCGCCAAAUAUGAUUCAAGUAAGGGUCCUUGUCGAGACAAACAAUCAGCUUGAUAUUUCUCUUAAAAUGGAUGAGCUAGAUAUAUUUUUUGGAUCCAAAAAGGCGUUAUUUGGGCAUGCCACCGUCCACAGGAUCCAGAUGGAAGCCCGGAAACGGUUCGUAUUCACGGUAGAUGUUACCCUCGACCCUCUAUCAUACCUGGAUGAAGGCUUCCGCCAACUUUCACUAUUCGCAAGUAGCUACAUCUCUGGGAUAGACCAAACCAUUAAACUUGAAGGUCAUUCGGGCUCAGUCCCCACAUCCCUGAAUAUCUCAAACAUCUUGUCUCAUUUAUCGGUUGAGCUCUCAGUACCCGAGAUCAAAUAUCCCCUCAACAUGGGCUCAAGAAACCCCUUUAUUAUUUCAUCGAUCAUGCAUGUUAUGACUAUGGAGGUUGAGGUGGUUGUGUACAAUCCAAUGUCCAACAUGGAUGUGAUCAUCACGGUGGACAGCGCCGAGGCGAUAUACGAAGGCAACAUUGUGGGGUGCAUAGAUCACGCUGAAACCGUCACUGCUCCACCCGGAAUAUCCACCACCCGUAAAAUCUCUGUAUCACCCCGAAAUGGGUUGGUUAGAGAUGCGCUUCUCAAGCUCGUGAACCGCAAGGUACAAGUCGAUUGCUUGUGCCGUAUAACCGCCAGCAUAGGCGGCUUUUCGUUGGACUUGAUUUUUACCGGUUCCGGGAUCGAGACAGAAAUUAGAAUGUGA